GCACCCCUGGUGUUUCUUUUCCUGCUGUGAUAUUGGUGUUCUCAGUUCAGUCUUCUUGUGUUUUGUUUUUCAGUUUAGUAGCUUUGAAUUUUGGUAUUAUUUUAGUAAACCUUCUGCAUUUGGUUCCAACCCUCCCUCGUCUCUGAGUUUGCCUUGUGGCAGCAUAAUCUGUUCAGUUGGGUGUGAAGUAUUGAACAAGUGUAAUACAAAAUGGUAAAAGCAAUUAUGGUGAUACCAUAAAAUAAUAAAUAACUUUCAAUUACAUUUAGUCUUUGGAGAAAAACAACAAAUAAAUUACCUUUAUGUUAAAAAAUUGUAGCCAUUUUUUCUUAUUUCUUUAUUUUUUUUUCAGUUGCUGUAUCCAUUUAUUUCAGUGCACCUGAAAAUUGCAGUCAUGAGUUUCAGUGGCUUCUGGCUAAGUUAGACUUAAAACAAACCAAACCUCUUUAAACAUUAUAGGCUAUGUUUAUAGACACUUCUUUAUCAUGCAUCAGUUUAGCAUCAGUUAAAUGCAGUUGUAUCAUAGUGUCAGCAGUAAACAGUCAGUUGGUCAGAUCAGAGGAAGUUAACAACCACAGGAGGGGUUGAUGAUGUUCAUAUAAAGAACUGUAUAAAGAAAAGAAAGACUGACAGAAACAGAAAAUGGCUGAUCGGUGUCACAUGUAUCUGCUGGGAUUGAUCAUUCUCUGUCCACUUCUGACAGGUGAAACAGAAGUGACUCAUGUGUUCAGCACUUCUGGUGAAAAUGUCCGUCUGCCCUGUGAUAAUGCUUUUCCUGGCUGCACAUCAACUACAUGGAACUAUAACAGACAUUCAGAGGCAGUUGAACUGAUUGCUGGAGGGAUAAAGAAGGAUAACAUAGAGAGACGUGAGAGACUGAGUGUGGGGUCUGACUGCUCUCUGAACAUCAAGAAAGUCACACAAGAAGAUUAUGGGCUUUACACCUGCCAACAAUAUGUGAAUGGACAAAAACAAGGAACUGGUGCAACUGUUUAUCUGCAUUUUCUUCAUGUCACUUCAUCAUCCUCACAGACUGAGAUCAGACCAGGCAGCUCUGUGACUCUCUACUGUCAGUUGAAUUAUUAUGGAGUCUCUUGUGAUACUUUGGUCCGUUCUGAGGGAAUUGAGCUGAUCUGGGUGAAUCAGGCUGGUGUUAGUGUGAUGACAGACUCCAGAUAUCAGAUAUCAUUCUCCUCAACACACUGUAUCAGCACUCUGACUACAAAACUCCUGAAUGAAGAUCUCAACAGAGAGUGGAGAUGUCAGGUUACUCAGAGAAAUCAACUGAAGACCUCAGCCACAUAUACUGUCAAGUAUUCAGCUCCAGUCGAUUCAACAACACUGAUUCCAGUCAGAAGCUCAAACUCUGAGAAGAAAUCAAGCCGAACUACAGCAGCAGAUCCAACACAAGCUCCAGUCGAUUCAACAACACUGAUUCCAGUCAGCAGCUCAAACUCUGAGAAAAAAUCAAGCCGAACUACAGCAGCAGAUCCAACACAAGAUAAUCGGAUCAUUACCUCAAACUCUGGUAUGACUUCAGCUGCACACGGACCUUCAAUUACUACACAGCAAGCAUCAACUACAGAGAAAACACAGAUUCCAACUACUGCACCAAAGUCUCUAAAUCAAGUGACUGUGAUUGUUGGUGUUGUUGCUGCAUUGGCUGUUCUCCUUCUUGCUGUUAUUCUUUGGGCGAUUUGUAAAAAAAAAUCUGGUAACAGAAGCGGGACUGAUGACUCUGUGGAGCAGAAAGAUGAUGUGACUUAUACUGAGGUUGUCAAGUACAGUAAAGACAAAGCCAAAAAUAAGAAGGUUCAUGGUGAUGAUAAAGUGACUUACGCUUCCAUCAGUGGAGCAACAGCUGGACCUCAGGAUGACAGCAGUCAACUUUAUGUCACUGUGAACAAGAACCAUCACAAAUGAGUAAAAUAGUCAUUUAUUAUACAAAGACUUUAUAUUAUGAUGUAUGAAUAGAGAAAUAUAUAAUUGACUCCUAGGGGUUUCAUUUAGUGCCGUUAUAAUUACUAUCUUUCACAUGUUAACAAAUAAACCCAAGUGGUGAUCAGAUUUAUUUGUAGUAUUUUGGUUAGUUUUGGAUGUAUUUUAUAGUAGCUGUCUGCUUGUUGUUCAGUAAAUGUUAUUGUCUUUAUUAUUAAUUCAGGAUGAUACACUGAUCUCUAUGCUUGCACAAAGUUUAGAAAAUGGAGGACAGUUUCAUUUUUAGAUUAUUCUCAAUUAACCAUCAAUUUUGUUAAUUAACUGUCAGUUUGCAGUAAUUAUGAAUACAGGCAAAGCUAUGUGAUAAUGUAGACUUUAAUCACACAGGAAUGAAAAUUUGGUAUUUGAACGAUUUGAGCAGCUGCUUUCAGUAAUGCUUAUAACACUAGAUUGUGUUUGUCAUUAAAUGUAUGACACGAAUAGCCUGUCAAACCAAUGAAAUGUAUUUUCUGUCAUUACAAAUAUUUCCUUGUGCAGUAUUUCUCCUGAGGGGAACCUCUUGUUGUAUGGGUUUAAGCCUUAUUAGGAUACAGAUGCAGUGGAUUAGUGUCAGAAGUGAGUUUGUAACUGUGCAGAAUGUGCCUGUGAGCUCAGAACUGACAUUGUUUUAAAUAUGAUGUUGUGUCGUAACUGUUUUUAAUACCCAAGCUACAUUGAUUAACAUCAUCUUUUGGUAACACUUUAGUAUAGGGAACACAUAUAAACUAUUAACUACAACUUUUCCCUCAAUAAACUCCUAAUUUACUGCUUAUUAAUAGUUAGUAAGGUAGUUAUUAAGUUUAGGUAUUGGAUAGGAUUAAGAAUGUAGAAUAAGGUCAUGCAGAAUAAGGCAUUAAUAUGUGCUUAAUAAGUAUUAAUAAAUAGGCAAUAUUCUUGUAAUAUGCAUGCUAAUAAGCAGCUAGUUAAAAGACCCUAAAAUAAAGUGUUACCCAUCUUUUAAACUAUUUCUGUGCUUGAGGCAUUUGUGAGUAAUGCAGAGAUGUUUAGAAAUGUUUUAUUUAACACAGCUGAGAGACCGAAGUCAGUUUCAGAGAAAUAGAAGAAAUAAUGUCUAUUUAUGGGAAUCAUAAUGAAUUUAAUGAGUCUGGUUCUUUAAUGGUUCCAUUAAUGAUUGAAUGUACUUUUAAUGAAGAAAUAUAAAAAAAAAAAUAAAAAAAAAUCCAUUGCAAAAUGUAGAGAUAAUUUAAUGAUUAACAAAGUUCUCUUUACAGUUCUUGCGAAAGGUUUUAAAUGACUUUUCACAGUCUUUUUAUAUGCAGCAUAAAUACAAUCACAUUUAUGUAUGUCUCACUUAAUUAGUAAGCUGUAUGUGUUUGACCAAAUAAAACUAACUGCUCAUUUGUUGAAA